UUCCUUUCUGUAACACACACGCUACAAGAUCACACCGGGAAAACGGAGAGAGGAAAGGAAAUAAUAGGCGAGAGAAAGAGAGGGAGGGAAGGAAACACCGCAACCUGCCUGUUCGUCCGCUGCUUGUUAUUGUUUUUUGUUUUUUUUUAAAGUGAAGGUUGGGGGGGGUUGAAAAACAAAUCGUCUUUUCUUUUAACGGAGACUUGCGGACUAACAUGGGGGGAAGAGAGAGCUCCUGACGAGGAUUGACUUUCAGUGAACCUCUGCUCUGUGGUCAAUAGACAGGCAGGAGAAGGAGAAAAAAAAGAAAGGCGACAGGGAAGACAUGUUGAGGGGCUUCUCGUCUUAAGGGCUGCGGUAGGAUGUUCAUGUUGUGCUGUUAAAACAGAAGAGAUUUUUUUUUUUUUUUUUUUUUUUAAACGUGAGCUAAUGGAAAUUGGGCGGUAGGCUACGCUCGGGAGCUAUUGUUUUGGUCGGUGUUUAAUUGGUUUGUUAUGAACUGAAAAAAAAGCGUAGGCCUCUUAAGAAGCCCUACAGUAAAUAAAUACACGACCAAACAAGGGGGCUGCAUAGCCGGUAAUUAGCCUGCUUACAUUUAAGGAGACAUCUUUUUUUUUAUUAUUAUUAAGCCGCUGUGUUUCCUAGUGAGGUCAAAUAAGCGUUUAUUAUAUGUGUUUUGCAGUGUUCAGAUGAUAUUUUUCAACACGGAGCCAACACAUUUCUAGACAACUCAACUCUUUAAGGGGGUCAUGCGAAAGGCCCAAUAGGAAACGCAGUAAAGGAAAGCAUUAUUAGAAUAUUUUAGAGAGGUGUGUGUGUGUGUGGGGGUGAAAAACACGAUUUUUAAAUGUUAAUGUCGACCGACGUUGCAUCCAUUAUGCUGCCUGUGUCCCGGGGUCUCAUGGACCGGGAUAGAGAGCUGGAAACCCUCGCCGGGGUGCAUCCAAACGCGGGCGGAGCUCCAGCGGUCGUCCGGGGCAUGAAGCGUGGAGACCCGGAGCCCGACGUUCAGACAGCGGCAGCUCUGGUGGACUCUGCCGGGGCGGAGUGCAAGCGCCCCCGGAUCGACGGCUCAGGGGGCAUCGGCGAGGUUGGUCAG